AUGCAGACUGCAGUGCCUUCUUGUUUUCACUCGUCUUCCAGGAGCCCCACGAGCGAAUGUCUAGCCAAGAACGCAGGCUCAGUCGCCAGCCUGCCGGCGGACAGAAUCCCAGGGCGUGUGUUCGGUUUCCGCUCCAUUUCUCUCCCUCUCUCCUUUUCUUUGCCCGUCCUCUGCACCUCAAUCUCCACCGACUUUCCUCCAAUUGCCGCAACGAUGGCUCUGAGUGACCGCACACCUCCCACAGGCGCGCAAACGAAUAGUCAGCCCAAGUCCACGCCGCAAGAACUGGCCAAGCCCACUUCCAGGAAGCAGAAAGACUGGCCACAGGCAUACUCCAGUGAUCACAUUCUUCAGUCUUACGCCAACAAAAUGCAGACAUCGAAGGGCUGGCAGCUGUGCUUGUUUCCUGGAGCUCACGGGCAUAAAUGCAGCGUGCAGAACUUUGCGCAGGUCGGUCGAGUGUUUCAGCAAGAUGUGCACAAACUCUCUGCCCAAAUCCAGGCAAGAGAUUCGCGAGCAGUGAUUGAUACCAUUCAAGGCAUGGUUUCGCACACUCGAAGAAUCACAGCCCAGACGGCUCCAAAUUUGCGCUGCACAGGAUUUGCAUUGAGCUUGGCUUGGAUGUCUCACGUAAGUCUUGAGAACAUUCAUUCAUGCGGUCUUCGCUUACUGACUCGCUCGACAGUUGAGCUCUUCCGGGACUAUGUCGACGCCGAGCCUUCGGUAACAGCUGUUGCUGAGCACAUUGCAGGAACAUCUGGCGAGCUUGGGGCAACUCGUGCGCUGGUGGAUGACGGCGAGUCCUUUGAUGGCGGAGCAACAGUUAAUGUGCCCUCGCGAGGCAUGAAGCGGGCUCGCGUUCAUGACGCUGAUGACACUGAGGCCCAUUCCGAACGCCCAUCUCAGGUUGCGAAAAUCACGCCAGCAAUGCUAGCAGAAGACAUCUCAGGGCGAUCAAUCAAGAAGGCGAAGCCAAGCAAGACCUCCGGCACGAAGGAAGCGCCUUCGAAGCUGAUCGACCUUCCCACAACAUUCCCUUCUGGCUUCCAAGAUGACGAAUGCUUGCUGUGCCGUGGAACGUGGUCCUCGCACGAGACAACAUGCAUCUUUUAUCAUGGAGAUGACAUUCAUGCUUUGCCAACGAUGACCUCAUCCGCAACCGCUGAUCAAGCACGCGGCUUCGUGACUGCUGGAGCUGCUGCCGAAGAGCAGUAUCUUCCACCCGAGCAAUUCGGCGAUCCAGCUCCCUGUGGUGGCACUUCAGCUCCGCCAUUUACAACUCCUUCGGCCUGCUUGGAUCCGCUCGGCCUUGAUGGCGGACCUCCCGCUGAGCAAUUCCCUCAAUUUGGCCCAUUCAACGGUCCGCCUGCGGGCUAUAGUCACGCUGCCCGUCCAGAAGUUGCAACUCCAUCGAUCGCUUCUGACCAAGCUGACGUUGGCCAGCUCGCAGCUGCCACUCCACCAGUCGACAACAAGGAUGUAUGGAAUCUUGACUGGGAUGCGCUGGACCAAUACAACUCUUCCCACAUCGCUAUGCUUCCGGACCAGGCCAGCCUUCAUGAAACAUUGCGACCCAGCGUUGUCGGCGGCUUGGAGUCUUCCAGAGACGUGUUCGGGCAGGAGGAUCUCGGCGCGCUGGGCCAAGAGAAACCGGGGGAGAUUCGAUCGUGGAUCCCACUCGACUUGCUUGAGGACCUCGGCGGUCUUGAUAUUGGAAGAAGAAUGAAUGCAUGCCAUGGACGACGGAGACGAUUGCAUGCUUUUGAACGAUGGGAAAAUGCAUUGACGACAGUAACGACUGCCACGACGGAUAGAAACGGCUUCAAAAUCAACCUUGGAACGAUCAACGACAGCAAUGACAUGAACGAGCAGAACUUGCACUGGAGACCAGAUAGGCCUGUGCGCAAAGACAACUCCUAA